GUUUCAUACGUGUCAGAAUAUUCUUUUUCAUUUGUAAAAUUAAAAAGAUUUACUUCAAAUUUAUCUGUUUGUGAAUUGUAAUUAGUUGCUCAAGUAUUAUAUCAAGUGAAUGGUCAAAUUAAUGCAUCUGCUUUAAAAAGAAUGACUUCGCAACAUUUUGGGGCUGAUGAAGGUUGGGGAGACGAAUGGGGAGAUUGGGGAGAAAAUAAUUCAAAGAACAACAACAAUAUAAAGCCACAAAUAUCACAAAAUCAACCUGUUCAAAUGUCACAACAACAAAAUUACUCAAUUCCUCAACAACAACCAACAUCAGUUGCUCCGAUAUACUCUCCGUUUGCUUAUCAGCAACCUCAACAACAGCCGCCUCUUUUAACUCAUCAUCAACCACUUCAACAGCAGCCUCCUCCUCCUCUUUCAACUCAUCAUCAACAACAGUUCAACAAUUCUAGUUUCUUUUCUAACUCAACUUACGACAAUGUAAAUAAUAAUCAACAUAAUCAAGCAAACACAAAUGUUGCAUUCAGUAACCAGACAUUGACAUCACCUUCUCAAGUUCAACAAGUUCGCGGUAUGAACAAAACUCAAGCAACUCCUUUACUUGCUGCCAAUACUGGCCAUCAAGAAGAAGUCAAAAGAUUGCCGAUCCAACAAUAUCAGUCACCAAUUAAUUACCCAGGAGCACCUCAAACUCCUUUCAUGCCGUCACCAUCAACUUCACCAAUGCAACUUCCACCGCCACCUCAAACUGAAAACAUAACUGACGAUCUUUACACAUCAAGUCAACAAAAGAAUUUACCGGCACCACCACCAAUUCAAACUUACGAGACAAAUUUUAAUCGUCAAACGCCCGAUCAAGUCACUCAAACUUAUCAUUCGGGUAAUUGGCAAAAGCCACCAAUUUCUUCUGUUUCGGUUGGUUCUGAACAUUUCAAUAUGAAUCAAACCUUUCAAACUAAUAUCAAUCAACAGCAACAUCAACAGAAUGUGUCGCCACCAAAUCAAAUUGUUGGAACUUCUUACCGACCACCUAAUGAAGCUGUUUUCAACACUCCUCCAUCACUUAAUGAUUUCCCACAACAAUCUUUUCGUGGUCAUCAAGAGCCGCCAACAACAUCAUCAACAGCUUUCACUCAAAGUUCUUCACAAUUCUUUGAUCCUUCAGGACAGCAAAUGCAACAUGAGAUCAGUGGACAGCCUUUUGUACCACCACCAUCAUCAUCAUCAUCUAACGUCGUACAAAAUAAACCAGAACAGCAAGUAAAUUUUUCACCAAUGACAGGAACAAAUGUUGAAACAUUUUAUCCUGAAAAUCGUGAGCGACUUGACGAUGUUGCACCACCAGCUUCAGUUUCAUCAACAGCAACAUCAUUUACUGAUCGUCACAAUUAUUUAGUGACAGGUCAAUUGUCACAAGAUCGUGUGGUUGUGUCAUCGCAUUAUCAAUUUCAAGAGAAUGUUAAUCUUCCUCCACCAGGCUUAUCUCGAAUGGUUGUUGGUCAGCCGGAAAGUAAUCACGAGCAGAUUCCAACAAGCGAUAUUCCACCACCAGGUCUUAAUCGUAUGGUGACUGGUACAGAAGGUGCAUCACAUAAUUACAUUAAUUAUCAAAGACAAGCUGAUGGAGAAGUUUCACAAGUUGGAACUCCAAUUCAAAGACCACAAACGAAUUCACCAUUUAACCAUCAACCACCACAGCCUGAAACAUCACAACAUAACUUCAAUACUUCUGAUCGAAAUUUGUAUCUUGUCGCUGGUGAAAGUGAUGCUAAUAAUCAACGUGUUAUUCCUGGUGUUGAAAGUGAUGGAAAUUUACCGCCAGUCAUUAUGAAUCCAUUACAGAAUCUUCACAUUCAAGAUGACGAUGAUUUUGUGAAUGUUUCUGUUGCUGUACAAGAAAGAAAUUUAAAUGUUGAUGGAAUGGAAACUGGACAAGAUGUUCAACCAAGAGAAGAAGUCAUUGAUGGUGCUAAUGAUAACAAUGAAAGUUUUAAUAUCGUUCAAGUGUCACAAGUUCAAGAUCAUGGUGCAGUUUUAAAAGAUCCCGAACCUGAUGUACGUGAAGAAGCAAUUGAAGGUGCAAAUGAUUACAAUGAAGAUGUUGGAAGAUCAAAGAAUUCAGAUUCAAAGAAUUUAAUUGGUAGUAAAAAAUCGAAGCCGGAAUCGUCUGAAGAUAGUGAAUUACGUGAAUUAGAAGCGAAUAUGAGUUUAUCGAAAGCACGUCGAAGUAAAAAGUAUACCGACGAUUCAAUAGAUUCAGAAAAUGAUUACAGUGACAUUGAUAAAAGAGAGAAACAUGAUGACAGUCGAAGACGACAUAAUCGUGAGAAAAUGUCACGUGAAGAAUAUGAAAGAUAUCGGAAGAGAGAGAAAGAAAGAAAGCCGAGAAGGAACGACGACACCGAUGGAUCGAAGUAUGGUGAUUCGAAGAGAAGAACCGAUGAAGAAGAUGAUUAUCGAAGGAAUCGAGACAAGUAUAAGAAAAGUUCACGAAGUAGGAAUCAGGAUGAUGUUGAUGUUGAUGAAAAAGAUAAAAAAAAGCGAGAGAAAUAUCGUGAAUCGGGUUCAAGAAGAAAAGAUCACGGUUACGAUGAUGAUCGCAGAGAACGCCGACGACGUGAAAGAUAUUACGACGAUGAUAAUUAUUCAGGGAGAAGAAGUCAAAACACUUCUGAUCGUGAAUACAGUUCAGAUCGUUACACGCGUCGAUCGCGCGAUCAUAUGGAAAAAGAUAGAAAAUUUGAUGCCAAUAGUUACUAUCAGCAAUAUGCGGGAUAUGAUCCUAACUAUAAUUAUAAUUCAUAUUAUCAACAGCAACAAUAUUUUGAAACAUUACGACGAACCAAUCCGCAAGCUUAUUAUGAUUGGUAUACGAAAUAUUAUGGAAUGAUUCAACAGCAACAAGCUCAACAAGUUCAGCCAACAUCAACGAUUGAUGACAUUGGUGGAUCACUUCGUUCUGGUUAUAGUUCCAGUAAUGAGAAAGAAAGAAGCAAUGGAAGUCGGUUUCUUCCUGGUGGAAAUGUUUCGAAUCCUGUACGUGGAAUCAACACUUCGUAUAUUGAUAACACAGAAUAUCCGUCGCUGCAAGGAUUUACAGCAGCUGUUAAGGAUUUAAAUCAAACUUAUGCAUCAUUGAAUUAUAAUCAAGGCUAUGGAUACGAUAAUUACAGGGAUAAAAAUGUAGUUACUGGAGAAGCUCAGAGACUAACACCUAAAAAGUUUCAAUCACUUCAUGGCUUCGUUAGACUUGGCAGUGGUAUGAUGGCUACAAUCGAUUCAUCAAACGCUGAUAAUUUCAUAAUUAAAAUUGGAAAUUUACCAAUUUCCGACAAGACAAAACGAUUGUAUCAUCAUUAUCCAGGUCCACUUGUUCGGGGUGUUUCACAUAAGAAAACUGUUAUAGAAUUUUGUGAAGAAAAGUUGAAGCAAGAUCAACUCGUGUUGGUUUCGCAACGAGCUUCUUAUUCACUUUUAUGGAGCUAUUUGAUUCUAAUGCUUCGACAGAAUGGAAACUAUACAGAAACAGAUAUUUCUGAGUUAUUGAUGAAGAAUUCAGAAGAUUUUAAAGGCAUGUUGAAUAGCAGUUCAUCGGAUGACCACAAAAUCAUAGCAAACGAAGACAACACCGACAUAAGUGAAAGCGAUGAGAAUGCUGGAAGUGAAAAGAACUCAAAUUCUGUGAGUCAGAGUCAUGAAGACACCACAACAUCAACAGUGUCUGAUAAAGUUGUUAUUCACAAGUUCCGUGAUUAUCUUCUGUAUGGAAACGUCAACGAUGCAUUGGAUUUUGCAACGGAAAAUAAUUUAUGGGGUCAUGCGCUGUUCUUAGCAUCAAAAGUUGAUCGACGACAACAUGCUAAUGUCAUGUUGAAGUUUGCCAAUAAAUUGCCUUACAACGAUCCACUUCAAACACUUUAUCAAAUAAUGAGUGGACGAAUGCCAUCGUGCGUGACGAAUUUGGAUGACAAAUGGGGUGAUUGGCGGCCACAUCUAGCAAUGAUCAUUUCAAAUUGCACUGACAAACCGGAUCUUGUAAAACGAUCAAUUAUGGCUCUUGGCGAUUCAUUGGCAACACGUGGUGACAUCUUUGGCUCACAAUUUUGUUAUUUAUUGGUUGAACCAAACUUCUGUGACUACAAUGAAGAUGGUAAAAUGUCAUUGCUUGGCAUGUCACGUCAGAAAUCAUUUAAAGAAUUUGCGAAUGAUGACGCGAUCAUUAUGACGGAAGUCUAUGAAUAUGCUCGAAGUUUAAGCGAUGAGAACUUCUUCAUUCCAUCGCUACAAAAGUUCAAAUAUCUUCUUGCUGGUAAAAUUCUUGAUUAUGGAUCACCAUUAAAGUCACUUCUGUACAUGGAACAUAUUGCAAAAUGUAUUUUAUCAGAUCCGAGUAUGUUCCAAAUAUCUUUUAUUUUGAAAAUUUAUUCGCUUGCUGAUCGGUUGAAGUUCUACGAUCCGGAAAUGGCAAAAUCUUAUGAAGAUAAUUUCAAUAAUAACGAACCGAUUGAAGAUUUAAAAUGGCUUCAAGAUCUUUCGUCAUUAUGCCGAUCAUAUGAUGACUCUUUGUUAAGUUAUCAACCGAAGCUUCAACAACAAACACCCCAAGUUUCGUCUGGUGAAAUCUACAGCCCUCUUAGCUAUCAAUCAGCUCCAUCUGGAAUUUAUGACCCGAUGAGUCAACAACAGACACCAACGCAUGCAUCGUCAACAUAUGGAGAUGAUCAAUUACUUCAAUUUAAUCAACAACAAGAACAGAAUCAAACGACGCAAAUGGAAAAUUCUUAUCAAUAUCAACAACAUGAUCAGAAUUUUUCAUAUGAAUACAACAAUCCGCCAGGUGCAGUUGAUUCGACACAAAAUUACGUUAACCAACAAGAGUCAUCAAGUGGUCAUAAUAAUUAUCAACAACAACAACCGACGAUGUCAACUGAUUAUGGAUACAGUUGGGAUCAGCAUCAACAGCAGAAACCGACAAUAACGAUGGGAAAUACAACGUCAAAUAAUUUCGAUGAUAAUUCGCAAAAGUCUGGGACUAAUGAUGCAGCAAAACAACAAAGUAAUAAAGCGGAAGCUGAUAAAAUGAAGGGAAAGAAACCACAAGAUGGAACGACACAAUCUGGUGGUGGUGGUUGGUUCGGUGGAAUUUUUAGUAAAUUAUCCAUGAAACCGAAAAAUCAAAUGAUUCUUCCUGAUGAUAAAAAUCCUACUAUUGUGUGGGAUGAAGCGACAAAAAAAUGGGUGAAUAAAGACGAAGAUGCAACUGAGGCUGAAAGCUUUAAGCCACCGCCAAAAAUGGGCGAUAUGAUGGGAAAUAAAGUUCAACAAACAAACAACAUUCAGUCGCAAGCUCCUCAAAUCCCAACAAUGUCUCAAAUACCACAAAUGCCUCAACAAUAUUCACAACCGUUGCAGUCUGAGUUGAAUCAGCCAAGAAUUGAAGCUAAUAACGUUCAUCAACAACCGAUGAUUAAUCAACAACAACAACAGUCGAAUGUAAUGAGUGCUGGUCAAGAUACCAUCCAACCACAACUGCCAGGAACUUCAGCUCCAAACAUGUUUAAAAUGCAGAAAGGAAGAAAUUUGAAGAAAUCUUAUGUAGAUAUUCUCGGAAAUUCUGGUCAAACAGUUUCGCAACCAAAAGAACUUGCACCACAAAUGGACAUGCAGUUCUUUAAUCCAGUUCAACAACAGCCACAGGGAAUGCAAUUCUACAAUCCAAAUGAUUUUAAUUAAGAUAUUGGUGGACAACUUUGAGUGCACAUAACUUGGCGAAAAUAUUUUUACUUGCUGUAAAAUUUCUUUAGUUUUUAAGAAUUCUUAUUUUCAUUUUGGUAGAGCCAACGGUUUGAUAAUGUAAACGGUGAUAAAGGCUGAUGAGACAAGAUGUAUGUGCAUUGUAUCUACAUAAUAAUUAGUAUCAUAGUUGAAAUAUCUAUAAACCCAAGGUUUCUUCUUUAAAAUAUUGUUUUCGUUUUAAUUUUUCAUAAAUAUUUUGGUGAUUGAUAUGAUUUCGUCCGGUAUAGAAUUUUAUUGAUUUUUUCUUUUAGUUUCUGUUAUGCAAUGAUUUAUGUUGAAGAAAAUAUUUUUGUUUCAUAAUUACACAUCGUGAGUUUUUGAUAAGUUUAUUUCGGUAAAAUAUUUAGUUACGAGAAGAAUGUUGGAUGAGGAUUGAAAUCACUUCAACAAUAAAUUUAUUAGCUGGCGAGUCGAUAAACUGAAACGUCAGAGUAUUAAAACUUUUAUUAUGCGAAACAUAUGAUCGAUAACUACUAGCUAGAAAUUUUUAUUCAAAUUGAAACAUCGAUGCUUGAAGCAAGUGUCUAAGUGUCAUGGUGGAAGCGAUUAAUUCUUGAAAUUUUGUUAUUGUCGUGUUCCUAAGACAUAUUAAGAAUAAUAAAAUGAAAAAAUUAUAAGGAAGCAUUUUAA